AAGCCUGAUCAACUGAAUACGAUUAAACGCUGAUCCGUGCAGCAAAGGGUUGGAUCGCAACAUAGUGUUCUUUCAAAGGCUUAAAAAGGUACUGGUUUACUGCACGAAGGAAAUUGUCAGACAGCACCAUGGCUAGGCUAUUUAUCAAGUCUCUCUCUGCAUCUUUGCACUGGAAAGCGGUGAAGUUUUCUGCCGCUAGUUUAGCUCCGGGAUUUUGCACAAAAGGUGUUGAUGUGCUGCCUUUUGAAAGCUACGAGAAACGCAGUCAGGCUUCUCGGCAUAGUCCAGCGGAUCCCAUUGACGCCAGCAGACCCAGUACAACAGGGAAGAUUGAGAACAAAACUUAUCUGUGGAGCCGAUACAAUGAGAUGAAGAAAUUAGUCCAUGAACUCAUUCCCCCAGGAAUUUGCAACCUCCUCAAUCCUGCAAACAUCUAUUCCAAUAAUGAGGUUAAUUUGGGGAACAUUGAAAUUUAUGGAUUUGAUUAUGAUUAUACUCUUGCACAAUAUUCCAAUUUGCUGCACACAAUGAUCUUCAAUACUGCACGAGAAAUACUCAUUGAUCAAUACAAGUAUCCGGAAGGAAUAAGGAAGUAUGAAUAUCAACCUAACUUUGCCAUCAGAGGCCUCCAUUAUGACGUGCGGAAGGGAUUUCUAAUGAAGAUUGAUGCUUUCCACUAUGUCCAGUUAGGAACAGUGUACAGAGGACUCAGUCCAGUACCAGAUGAGGAAGUGUUUCAAAUGUAUGACGGCACUCAACACGUUCCUCUACACCGAAUGAGUGAUUUCUAUGGCAAGUUGAUUCAAAUUCGAGGCAACUUCUCUUUGAAUACUAUGAUGUCUGAUAGUCAGUUGAGGGACCAAGUGAGAAGGCUCUCUCCUG